ACUGAACAAUCAAUCAGGUCAAAUAUCGAAAUAAUAAAAAUCGAGAAAAGGUUCAAUAAAAUAACAUUUUCUUGGCUAAAACAGCGAAAUUAUGAAGAGACAAUUGAAAGCAUUUUCUGGUAAAGAAAUGAUUUUUAUAUUUAGGUAAAACAUGUGAUUAGUUUAAGGCACACAAACUAAACAAGCUAACAGCUUAUGUGUUUAACCAGGUGUUUGUCGUUGUAAAUUCAUUCUCCGAAUUUAACCUGAAACUAUAAUUAAUCACUUAUUUAGUUACCUUUUUAUUUUUGAAUUUUGUGCAUAUUUAACCUUUUACAAAUGGAGAGUAAAGCUCAAGCUUCCGUUCACCAGGCUAGGAGACUGUUGAGGCAAGGUUAUCCCACGAGCUUCUUUAAAUGUCUACCUCAAGUUACCGCCUAUGGUCAAUGCAUAUCAUCCAAGGAACUGACGGAUAUUAAACAAAAUGACUGUGUUCAACAAUUUAAUCAACUGAAAAAGUGUUUCUCUCAACAAUUGCAUCAAUUCAAAGCUGUUAAAUAAUUAAUAUGUCUAUUAGUGAUUAAGAAAAAAGAUAGAAUAAGAGCCACUCUAAAUUUUCUAGUAUCUCAACAUAUGAUUGCUUUGUAUUCACAUUUCACCCAUUCUCAGAAAUAACCUUUCACCACCAAUCUGUUUUGGAAAUUAAACGAAUUUUCACUCUCUAAUUAAUCAUGAUGGACUCAUCUUCUGAUGAUGAUGUGAAUAAUCUUUCUCAUGAUGACUCUGAAGAAGAGGAAACUAGUGCACCCUUUACUGACUACGAAAAUCCAAAUUAUCGUAAAUUGUAUGCCACUCUUUCGGUUACUACCAUGAUGGGAUCUAAAGUUGAAUCGAAUGCAGAUAAUGAUACAGAUGAUGAUGAAGAAGUCGAAGCUGAUGAAACUACAAGGCUUACCAAUGAUGGUGAAAGUUUACCUGAAGGAUGGGAAAAACAUGAAGAUGACAAUGGUCCUUACUAUUGGCAUAUACCUAGUGGAACAAUUCAAAGGCAAGUGCCUACUAAAACCCUUUCUAAACGAGAUUCUAUAUUUUACUUUGAUGAUGAUGGUUUGGACAAAUUAAGGGAACAAGUUUGUAAAGAACAUACUUUGGAUGAAAAUUUUCCUGGAGGUGAUGAUGUUUUCACUGUCCAUUCUUUGGGUUGGAUGGAAUUUGAUGAAUCUUCUCUGACUCCAGAGCUUAGUUCUAAAGCUAUCAAGCGAUGUAUUCUUGAACUUACAACCCAAACAGAAAAUGCCGUUAGAUGUUGGGGUAAAGAAGAGACCGCAAAGCUGACUUUAAAGAUAGAAAAUGGUUGUCUUAAAUUACUUGAUCCAAUCAGUAGUAAAGUUCUGACUAUACAACGGAUUUCCAAUAUUAGAGUUUGGGGUGUUAAUGAUGUUGAUGAUUUUGCCUAUGUUGCCCGAGAUCCUGAUAGUGAAAAUAGUUUGGGUAAACCUUCAACUCCAACUAAUCCUCAUGACUCUCCAGUGGUACAGAUUCUCAAAUGUCAUGUAUUCCAUUGUGAAAGCUUGGGAGAAUCUGAAAGUUCAGCCCAAAAAAUAGCUAAUUUACUAAAAGAGGAAAUGAUACGAAUCAAAUCUCAACAAAAUCUACCCAAAGAUAAUGAUAAAGGUGAAGUAGGAGAAGAAUGCCGAGACUUAGCCAUUAGACCAAACCAAUUAUCAAUUGAGGAAUACACUGGUUCACCUAUGGAAUCACCUUAUCUAGAAUUUCCAACUCCAAUUGAGGAACCAAGAAAAACUAUUGUAGCUCGUUAUUUAGGAAAAACACCGGUUCCAAAGCCUACAGGAGUUGAUAUUCUCAAUGAAGCUAUUGAUAGAAUUGUUUUUGAUCUCGAUAAAGCUUAUCCAGAUAGAAAGUCGGCAGCUUUUGGCGAAGAAAAAGAAGGCCGUGGAAUAAUUUCUCUGGUUCAUAUCUCACCAUCAACUAUUACCGUUGAAUCAACUGUUGAUGGUAAAAUAUUAGUUGAAUGCCGUGUCCGUUAUCUUUCAUUCCUUGGUAUAAGUAAAAAUAAUGUUGAAAAUUGUGGUUUUAUCCUGCAAGUUGACGAUAAUCUUUAUGAAGUUCACUGUUUUGAGUGCGAACCCAGUUCUGGUGCAUUGUGUAAAACCAUUGAAGCUGCUUGUAAAUUGAGAUUUCAAAAAUGCUUAGAUGCCCAUAAACAAAGAUGCAGUCAAGCUAUUUUCAGUGGAAAUCAACCCAAAACAACUUCUCCAGUAUCUUCAUUCCGAAUGAAACCUUCACAAUCGAUGGGUGCCAUCAAAAACUCUUUAAUAAAUGCCUUUUCCAAACUGUUAACCAAAGGAUAAAACCUAAUCAUCACAGCACAUAUUAGAAGCUGGAUACCAUUUUAAGGACUAGAACAAGAUUGUCAAAUAUAGCCAAAUAAUCCAUCGUUGUAUCAUCACCUAUUCAGCUUGAAAAAAUUAUCAUCCCAAGAACAACUUUCAUGAUUGACUAUUAAUUUUUACACUUACAAUUUUAAAGUUGAUUUCAUUUUCUUAAUUUAACCUAAUUUGCCAAAUCACUUUGUCUAACAUGUAUUUUCAUUUAUAAUUAACUGUGUACUCUUUUUUAAGGCAACUUCAAAGUAACUGCUAAAUCAUCAACAAUAACAGCAAGUCUAUUGUUCCAAUCAUUGUUGUGUUUUCUAAGCUUAACAAUAUAAACGCUUAUCUGUUAAAAUUUAAUUUAUCCUACAUGGAUCAGUUAUUAAAGAUACAAAGACCCUUAAUCAUUGAAAA